AUGACAGUCGCUGGUGUUCGUUUGGGCCGCAUUGUCAUGAUGGUGCGAGGAGGUGAAGGUAUCCAAAAAGCAGUUGACUUUUAUCACGGUGCCAUGGGUCUCACAGUUCUUCGCAUGACGGAGGAAAUGGCGGAACUCCGCUGUGGAACCGGCAACAGUAGUAGCGAGGAUUCCAUAUCGAUCAAUUUCCAGGCAGUCCAUUCCGAGGCUCAGCUGUCGACAGGCUACUCUCCAUUGCUCUCUUUUGAAGUGGCUGACAUGAACUCUGUCGUGGCCAAGUGCGUUCAACUAGGAGCUCAUAUCGAUGGACCCAUUCAAUAUCAAGCACACGGAACCGUCGCUGCCCUCAGAGAUCCUUGUGGGCACAUGAUUGGUCUCUACCAACCAACAGCCACUUCCUGA